AUGUUUGCCUUUCUUCCCAACCCAGUUAAUACACUGUUAAAUGUGAAAUUAAGUGAGACAGAAAAUGGCAAGCACGUCUCUAUACUGGAUCUACCUGGUGACAUUCUUAUCGUUCCUCAAGCCACCCUUGGGGGGAGAGUAAAAGGAAGAAACAUGCAAUAUCACUCUAACUCUGGAAAAGAAGAAGGAUUAGAACUUUAUUCCCAAUUUGUGAAUCUAUGUGAAAAAGAAUUAGCUGCUAACAGCAAGUGUGCCGAAGCUGGGGUUGUAGUGGAACAUGGCACUUUCGGGAACAGACAGGUGUUAAAGCUGGAUACCAAUGGACCAUACACACACCUAAUUGAGUUUUGA